AUGGGACAAAACCAUGGUGAAGGAAAAAAGAUAAGAGAUAGUAAGAAAAAUAGAUGGUCUAUUGGGUCCAUUUUCAUGCAUGCUGAUGGCCAUGAUUGGUUUCUUAUGGUUUUCGGUAUCUUUGGGGCAAUUGGUGAAGGCUUGACCACCCCUCUAGCGUUGUAUAUAAGUAGCCUCAUGAUGAAUAAUAUUGGGAGUUCAUCUUCCAUGGAAGGAAACACUUUCAUCCAUAACAUCAAUAAGAAUUCAGUGGCUUGGUUAUGUUUGGCUGGUUGGUCUUUUAUUGUUUGCUUCCUCGAGGGUUAUUGUUGGACAAGAACAAGUGAAAGACAAGCUGCGAGAAUGAGAUAUAGGUAUCUAAAAGCUGUUCUCAGACAAGAAGUUGCAUACUUUGAUUUGCAUGUCACGAGUACAUCAGAGAUCAUCACUAGCGUCUCCAAUGACAGCCUCAUAAUUCAAGAUGUUCUUAGUGAGAAGGUACCAAAUUUCUUGAUGAACUUUUCUACAUUCGUUGGGAGUUACAUAGCGGCUUUUGCAAUGAUGUGGAGAUUGGCUAUUUUGGGGUUUCCUUUUGUGGUUCUUCUAUUGAUCCCUGGUAUAAUUUAUGGGAAAACUUUGAUGGGAUUGGGUAGCAAGAUCAGAGAAGAGUAUAAUCAAGCUGGUAUAGUAGCAGAACAAACAAUAUCUUCCAUCAGAACCGUUUAUUCAUUUGUGGGAGAAAACAAGACCAUAACUGCUUUCUCUAAUGCUCUAAGAGGGACUGUUAAGUUGGGGUUGAAACAAGGCUUAGCUAAAGGUUUAGCCAUUGGAAGCAACGGUAUUGUUUUCAUUAUGUGGUCUUUCAUGUGCUAUUAUGGUAGCAGAAUGGUCAUUUACCAUGGCGCUAAAGGAGGAACAGUUUUCGCAGUUGGAGCAGCCAUAUCUGUUGGUGGAUUAGGGUUAGGAGCUUGUUUAUCCAAUGUGAAGUACUUCUCUGAAGCAAGUUUGGCAGGGGAACGUAUAAAGGGAGUGAUAAAAAGAGUUCCAAAGAUUGAUUCUGACAAUAUGGUUGGGGAGAUUCUUGAAAACGUUUCUGGGGAAGUGGAAUUUGACCAUGUUGAAUUUGCUUACCCAUCAAGACCAGACAGCAUUAUCCUUAAUGAUUUAUGCCUUACGAUUCCUGCAUGCAAGACAGUGGCCUUGGUGGGUGAGAGUGGCUCAGGAAAAUCAACUGUUAUACAACUUUUGCAGAGAUUUUAUGACCCACUUGGGGGAGAGAUACGUCUUGAUGGGGUGGCUAUUCAUAAGUUGCAGCUCAAGUGGCUUAGGUCACAGAUGGGUUUGGUUAGCCAAGAGCCUGCUCUAUUUGCAACCAGCAUUAAAGAGAACAUACUUUUUGGUAAGGAGGAUGCCACAGAGGAUGAGGUUGUUGAGGCUUCAAAAGCUUCCAAUGCUCAUAAUUUCAUUUCACUGCUCCCUCAGGGUUACCAUACACAGGUUGGAGAGAGAGGGAUUCAAAUGUCAGGGGGACAAAAACAGAGGAUAGCAAUUGCACGAGCAAUGAUUAAGAAACCUCGAAUCCUUCUCCUAGAUGAAGCAACCAGUGCACUAGACACCGAGUCUGAACGACUCGUCCAAGAAGCACUCGACAACGCAGCCAUGGGUUGCACCGCCAUCAUCAUCGCUCACCGCUUAUCCACCAUUCAAAACGCCGACGUCAUCGCCGUCAUGAAACGCGGAAAGGUCAUAGAGACAGGUUCACAUAACGAACUCAUCCAAAACGAAAACGGCCUCUACAACUCCAUGGUUCGUCUCCAACAAACACUCAAAUUAUCCAAAACAGAAGAAACAGAAUCCGUUACUCCUCUAACCGUCUCAACCACUUCUACUGUCCCAGACAUCCACAACAACAACAAUAACAACAACCUUGUAGGCCCCACCAACUCAGUUAUUGCAGAAGAGAAGAGAGUUCAAGUGCCAUCAUUUAAGAGAUUGCUUGCACUGAAUGCUCCAGAAUGGAAGCAUGCAGUUAUGGGGUGUUUGAAUGCGAUGCUAUUCGGUGCGGUUCAACCUGUUUAUGCAUUCGUGGUGGGGUCCAUGAUAUUAGUGUAUUUUAACACGGAUCAUGAGGAGAUAAAAAAUAAGACGAGGGUGUAUUCGCUUUGCUUUUUGGGUCUUGCUGUGUUCUCUUUUGUUGUUAAUAUUGGACAACAUUAUAGCUUUGCUUACAUGGGAGAGUAUUUGACCAAACGGGUCAGAGAGGCUAUGCUUUAUAAGAUACUCACUUUUGAAGUUGGGUGGUUUGACCAGGACCAAAAUUCAAGCGGUGCUAUUUGUUCUAGACUUGCCAAAGAUGCUAACGUGGUAAGAUCAUUAGUGGGAGAUAGAAUGGCUUUGGUGGUACAAACUUUAUCAGCAGUAAUAACAGCUUACACUAUGGGUCUUGUCAUUUCAUGGAGACUUAACAUUGUCAUGAUAGCAGUUCAGCCCAUUAUCAUAGCAUGCUUUUACAUAAGGCGUGUCCUCUUCAAGAGCAUGUCCAAUAAGGCCAUUAUAGCCCAAGAACAAAGCAGCAAGUUAGCUGCUGAAGCUGUUUCAAAUCUUCGAACCAUAACUGCUUUCUCUUCUCAAGACAGAGUCCUCAAAAUGCUUGAAAAGGCCCAAGAUGGCCCAAGCCAAGAGAGCAUUCGACAAUCAUGGUUCGCAGGUAUUGCACUUGCAUGUUCUCAAUUUCUCACGUUAUGUACUUGGGUCCUAAACUAUUGGUAUGGUGGCAAGCUUAUCUCAAAUGGGUACAUCACAACAAAAGCAUUGUUUGAGAGCUUGAUGGUUGUUGUGAGCACAGGACGGGUCAUUGGAGAGGCUGGAAGCAUGACCAUUGACCUUGCCAAAGGUGCUGAUGUUGUGGGCUCAAUUUUUGCAAUCCUAGAUAGGGACACAAAAAUUGAGCCCGAUGACCCAAAUGGGUACAAGCCUGAGAAGUUAAUGGGCCAAAUUGAACUCUACGAUGUUCAUUUUGCAUACCCAACUAGGCCUAAUGUGAUUAUCUUCCAAGGCUUCUCAAUUAAAAUUAAGGCAGGGAAAUCAACAGCAUUGGUGGGGCAAAGUGGGUCAGGCAAAUCAACCAUCAUAGGGUUAAUAGAGAGAUUCUAUGACCCACUUAAAGGAAUAGUGACAAUAGAUGGUAGAGACAUAAAGUCAUAUAACCUAAAGUGGCUAAGGAAGAACAUAGCACUAGUGGGUCAAGAGCCAACCUUGAUUGGUGGAACUAUUAGAGAGAACAUUGCAUAUGGAGCAUGUGAUGACAAGAUUGAUGAGGCUGAGAUCAUAGAGGCAGCAAGGGCAGCAAAUGCUCAUGAUUUCAUAGCUAGCAUGAAGGAUGGGUAUGAGACAUGGUGUGGGGACAAAGGAGUACAACUUUCAGGGGGUCAAAAGCAAAGAAUUGCAAUAGCUAGAGCUAUUUUGAAGAAUCCCAAGGUGUUGUUGCUGGAUGAGGCCACAAGUGCAUUAGAUAGUCAAUCAGAGAAGGUGGUGCAAGAUGCAUUGGUGAGAGUAAUGGUGGAGAGGACCAGUGUUGUGGUGGCACAUAGGUUGAGCACCAUACACAAUUGUGAUGUUAUUGCUGUCUUAGAUAAGGGGAAGGUGGUGGAGAUAGGUAACCACUCAUCUUUGUUGGCCAAAGGACCAAGGGGAGCUUAUUACACUUUGGUAAGUAUUCAAACCACACAUGCAGCUACAGAUGCAUAUAGAGAGCAAGAAUUGCAAAAUCCAUUGGAAGAAGAAGAAGAUGAUAACGAUCAAAGAAGCUCAAAACCUCUUUGUGGCAAUGAUAACAUUCAAGUUGAUGUAAAUAAUAUAAACCUUGAUUAUAUUCCUUCACAUGAUAAUUUGCAAUGUGCGUAUGAUGAUUUGAAUGAUAGCUUGUUGAACUUGAAAAAUAGAAAUUUGGUUUCAAUACAAAGUAUUUGCUUCAUUGAAAAUCAAAUUGAAUCUUUGAAAAAUAUAUAUGAUUUUCAAGAAGAGAACAUAUCCUUGAACUAUGAAUCCUCAACCAUUCUUAAAAAUUGCAUUGAUGUUGAUAAUCAAGUUGAGGAACUAUCAUCUAAACUUUCCAUAAUUGAUAAUCCUACAUGCUCAUAUUCCAUUUUUGAAAAUGAAAAUAAUAAUGAUACUUUUGUACAUGGAAAACCUAUAAAUGAUUGUGGAAAUAAUAGUUUGGAUAAUGAUAAUAGCAAGAAAGCCAAAAAUUUGAAAGUUGAGCUUAAAAAGAACAAGUUAUCUUGCAAACACAUUGUAUGUAAUUAUUGUGGUAAAGUAGGACAUAUUUCUCAUUUGUGCUAUCAUAGAAGAAAUUCUUGUAUGAGAAAUAAAUCGGUUUGGGUUGUCAAAAAUUCUAUGAAUGUUAUUCCUAACCCUCAAGGACCCAAGAUGAAAUGGGUACCAAAAAGUCCUCCUAGCUUUUCCAAUGUGCAGAAAAUUAUUCGAAAUGAUGGACUAAAAGGUCAAGAGAAAAAGAAAUCAUCAAGGAAAAUGCUUCCUAGGCCUAAUGAUGGAAUUAUCAAUCAAAGAAGUAAUGGAACUUCAGUCAAAGCUUCUCACAUGCACAAGAUGGAACCCAGAAGGUUCAAAAUCCAAAAAGAGAAGCAAUGGAUAAGAAAAAGUCUCCACUUGAUUACAAAGGCCAAGGUAUCAAAUAUCUUUACCUCUUAUGCUUAUUCAUAUGCGAAUCCAAUGAAUAUGAG